UUUGGGGAGUUUAUAGAUGUGUGACGGCCAGGCAACUUCCUCUGACAUGCAAGUACAGCUUCACAUCGCCUUCCACCAACUUUACUCCGCUUCUCUCUUUUAUGGGACCUCAUUUGAGUAGUACGGGUGGAUAAUGUUUAACCGCCUCCUCAGUAGUGUCACAUAACUUUAUUCGACUUUCACCUCAUUGCAUCUACUGCCACUGUCGCCUUACCUUCCCAUGCACUCCUGAGGUUGAACGACUAUACUAUUAUUCACGUCAGCGCCCAAAAAUGGUUUCCGUCGCCAAGGUGCUGCUCGGUGUGCUCGGGUUCGCCUUGGUUGUCAUCCUGAUCGCCGUGCCCACGGCCAUCUAUUUGAGCGAUGACACUGGUAGUGACAGCCGGCGGCCGUUCAGCCUGGAAGAUGUCUUCAACGACACCCUCAACCCACGCUCCUACAAUCUGAGGUGGAUUUCAGACAAUGAGUACCUGCACCAGACCAACGGCUCUGUGUUCCGACACAACGCCGAAUCCGGACAGUUUGAAGAGUUCUUGAACCAAACGCUAUUUUUCGAUCUCAAAGCCGAAGAUUACCAGCUGUCAGCCGACCACAAGUACGUGGCGUUCAUGAGUAACUUCACAAAGCAAUGGAGACAUUCGUACUACGCCACCUACACCAUUUACGACGUCGUCAACCGGCAAUUCGUAGACACUGGAAUCCAAGACAAUGUCCAGUUUUUAGCAUGGGCCCCCAAAGGAAAUGGACUGGCCUACGUCUGGGAGAACGACGUGUACGUGAUGAGCAACGCCAUCAGCCCAGCAAAAAGGGUCACCAAUAACGGAGAACACAACGUCAUCCUGAACGGCAUCCCCGACUGGGUGUACGAGGAGGAGAUGUACUCGUCCAAUCAAGCACUGUGGUGGUCGCCGGGCGGAAAGAACGUGGCCUAUGCCCAGUUCAACGACACGGGUGUCCACAACAUCGAGUACUCCUGGUACGGAGAGGAGCAGUACCCCACCACUGUCGUCAUCCCCUACCCCAAGCCUGGAACCCCAAACCCUGUCGCCAAGCUGUUUGUGGUCAACGCAAAUGACCCACAAACGGUCAUGCCAGUCAUCAUUCCGGCCUUCUUUAACACAGGCGAUCACUACCUGGCGACGGUCACCUGGGUAACGGACGACCGCCUGGCCGUUCAGUGGCUGAAGAGGAAACAAGAAUACCUCCUCCUGCAGAUCUACAACUUGGUCGGGGAUUCCUGGGUUAUUGGGGAGCACCUGGCAUUGAAUCAAACUAAUGGCUGGAUCGGCAGGUUUUCCCCAGAUGAACCUGUGUUUGCGGCAGAUGAAUCAUAUUACCUAGUGAUGAGCAACAGCUACGGAUAUAAACACAUCCAUCAUGUGGUUGGGGUAGUUGCCACGCCCAUCACAACCGGGACGUGGGAAGUGGUCAACAUCCUCAAAGUGAUGGCUGAUGGCACCGUGUAUUAUUCAAGUAAUGAAGACGGCGCUAGAGCCGGAGGCCGCAAUGUUUACAAGUUGACCACCAACGGAAAAUCAACCCAAAGGGAGUGUCUGACGUGCACAUUUCAUAAAGACUGCCAAUACAACUCAGCCUUCUUCAGCCACAACGCCUCCUUCUAUCGUGUGUCCUGCCAGGGUCCUGGCAGUCCGCGUUACUCCCUCAUUAACAACAUAAACAAAACAGAGGACACAAUCCUGGAAGACAACACUCAAUUCCUCAACCUCAUCUCCAACAUCAGGACUCCAACCAUGCAGCGCAGCAUCCUCAAGGUCGGAGGGAUCGACAUCGAGUAUCAAAUGACUUUACCACCCGGCUUCAGCGAGUCUAAUAAGUAUCCCUUACUGGUGGACGUAUACGCAGGUCCGUGCAGCCAGAAGGCAGACUACCGCUACAGGCUAGGCUGGUCCGAGUACCUGGCCAGCACUGAGAACAUCAUCGUGGCCAGCUUUGACGGAAGGGGAAGCGGUUACCGGGGCGACAAGCUAAUGCACGCCAUUUAUCGGCGUCUGGGAACCUUUGAGGUGGAAGAUCAAAUCGCCGCUGUCCAAGAAAUAACAAAAAAGGGCUUCAUCGACGAGGGACGGAUUGCAAUUUGGGGCUGGUCCUACGGAGGCUACGUAACAUCCAUGGCGCUGGGAGCAGGAAGUGGAGUGUUUAAAUGUGGAAUGGCCGUGGCACCAGUGUCCAAGUGGGAGUAUUAUGAUUCUAUCUAUACGGAGAGGUACAUGAACGAACCUAAGGACAACAAACAUUUCUACAUGAAUUCAACAGUCACUGCCAGGGCCAAGGAGUUCCAUUCAGUGCAAUACCUCCUGGUUCACGGCUUAGCAGACGACAACGUCCACUUCCAGCAGGCAGCACAGAUUUCUAAAGCACUGGUGAAGGAAGAGGUCGACUUUGAGGCCAUGUGGUACACCGACAAGGACCACGGCCUGGAGGGGGCAGCCAACGAGCACGUCUACACACAGUUGAGCCACUUCCUGCUGAGAUGCUUCGCCUGAGCGCUGAAUUAAUUACUACAGCAGUGUAUUUCAAAGUGCACCAGAAAUCAAAUAAGGCAAUAAACCAUAAAUCAUAUGAAACUUAAAUCUUGAAUUACAAAAAGUGAUAAAGUCAUAACAUGCAGAACAGUCAUAUGACUGAGGGCCAAUAUAGUGGGUCAGUUCAAUUUAAAAGGGCUUUAUGAAGUUGCUUUGUGUAAAUGAUAAUAAAUGUAAUGGUUUGUUCUAAAUGGUUUGAUCAAAAGUGAUUAAUAAUCCAAAGAUAUUGAUCAUAUUUUUUUAAACAGUAAACGUCUUUUGGCUUGUACGUUUUGUGGCUUGCCGUCCAGAAAUGUAUAUGUGUUAGAAAUUGUCUGUAGGCAAACAAAUGCGGGUGUAUGGAUGAAGGAAUAUUUUAAUUUUCUCAAGUGGAACAUUUAGGCAUCCACUUGUUUUGCACUAACCAUUUUGUAAGUGAUACUCAAAGAACCUCAUUUAUUUAUAUGACUUCAGUUGUAUACAUUUUUCUUGUGGUUUGCUAUGUGUCUUUGUCAUUAUGGAAUUAAAGAAAUAAGUAG